GCUACUCAUGGUGACAGUUCGAAUGCCAACAUGUCCAUUUUUAUUUGAAAACAAAAUCAUUUCAAAUUGUCGCGGUGUUUUCCCAGAAUAGUGAUAAUUUUCAAAUUAAUAGAAUUCAAGAGUGGUAAAACAAUGUUUAAGCUGGAUACAUUUUUGGAGGAUUGUGAUACAAGUACACAGGAAGGAAUUGACGCAGCUUGCAGGAAAAUUUCGGCAAAAGAGAAAAAUAUCGAUUCACGUUUGGAGGAUAUUCUCUCACAACAAUGCCAACUAGAAGCCAAAAUGCGAAACAUAGGCAUGGCUCUGAGUGGCCUAUCAUUGGUGGCAGAUAAGAGUCGCAACCUGUCCAGAAUGAUCGACCAUACUUCUCAGCUGGCGGAAAAUGUAAGCGCUAAAGUACGUCGACUGGACGAGGCCAGGAGCCGAGUUUCGGAAUGCCAGCAGCGUGUGCACGACCUAAUUGAUUUGCAGUUAUGUAGUCAAGGAGUGAUAACAGCCAUCAAGGAGGAAGAUUUUGAAAAGGGUGCGCUGCAUGUAAACAGAUUCCUUUCGAUGGACAAAAAUCUUCUUCAAAAGACCGCGGAUGACGUUUCCGGAUCCAUUACGUCCGUCAGUAAAGCGGUUUCCACUCUGGAACAAGCCGCAACUCAGAUACGACAGGUAGUCAAUCAGAAGUUUGAUGAGGCUGUCAAAAAAGAUGAUCUUGCAUCGGCGGAAAGAUUCUUCAAGAUAUUUCCUCUACUCGGCAUGCACGACGAAGGGUUGGAGAAGUUCAUGCUGUAUAUCUGCUCUAAGCUGCAAAUUAAAGCUCAGAAGGAGCUGCGAUCUUCGAUGGAUAUCGCAAAGGCUGAAAAAAGAGCCACGGUUGCUUAUUCCGACACGUUGACCGUUCUCCUGGAAAAUAUUGCCCGAGUAGUGGAAGUCAACCAGGCAAUUAUAGAAAGCUGUUACGGAGCUGGUAGAUUGGUGCAAGUUGCUGCAAUACUGCAGAGGGAAUGUGAUGAUGAAGUAGUGAAACUGGUGCUCGAGUUCAACAAAACUCGCCAAAUCGGUCGAAGGGUUGCACAAAUCAACGACUUUAUAAAAAAUAGUGGAAACCAGGCAACAGUGGGUCACUAUCGGAAGGCUUCCGGUGGCGGAUCGGUGGACAAGUUGAAUGCUAAAGAUAUCGACGCGUUGAUAGGCGAGAUUACGAUUAUUCAUUCCAGAGCCGAGCUGUACAUCAAAUUCAUUAAGCGUAGAUGUUUAAAUGAUCUUGAUAAAAGUAAUCUUGAACCUGACGCUAAAGAGGCCAAGCUCAAACAACUUGACGAAUUGAUCAAAAAGUCUCGCUUAAGUACCCAGAUGCAGGAAGUUCUUGGAACAUAUCUGCUCUUCGAGCGAUACUUCAUGGAGGAAAGCGUUCUCAAAGCCAUCGCUCUAGAUAAUCUCGAAACUGGUCAGCAGUGCUCGAGCGUGCUGGAUGAUGUAUUUUUCAUCAUUCGAAAAUGUAUCCGUCGGUCGAAUGGAACUCAAUCGCUGGACGGCAUUUGCGCUGUUAUUAACAAUGCUGCAAGCUGCUUAGAGCAGGACUUCAUGAAUGCACUCAAAAGUCCGCUGAAAGCCGGAUAUCCCACGGGUUAUAUGGACCUGGCACAAUCGGCGCUGCAAAGUUCUAUUCAACAGGGUCGUCUGCAAACCAGCGAUGUAGAUCAGGCGAGAAAUAAAUUUAUUACCGCAUUGAAUAAUGCGGACAUGUCUACGGAGUUCAUCGAAACGCUACGAUCUAUGAUGUCUGACGAAAUAAAAAUGAACUUUCCUGCUAUGACGGUACGCGAAAAGGAGAAAUUGGAUAGCUGUCUAUCUGGUCUUAAAUCGGUCGGUGAUUCUUUGAAAGCGCUUGUUGAUUUCGGAUUGCAGCAGCUAAGAACGUCUGCAAUUAAACCUCGGUUGCAUCCUUGGGUGGAUCAAUUUAUUUCCCACAACCAUAAUUUAACCGAAGAAGAAUUAGCUACUUACGAAGCCGGCGAAACUUUUAUCCAGUAUUUGAUAGUGCACAUUGAUGGCCUGUUCACCAUGUUCAAGUCUGCUCUAACGCCGAGAAACUACGAUGCGUUAGUUAGUAUAGUGACCACUGAGAUAACGGCACGGCUGGAACGUGCCAUCAAAAAAUCUACAUUUAAUCGGCUUGGUGGACUGAUACUGGAUCAGGAGGCUCGUGCGCUUGCGUCGUUCUUAACAGGGGCUACUUCGUGGUCUGUGCGGGAUAAACUCGCCAAGCUGCUCCAAAUGGCAACCAUUCUCAAUCUGGAAAGUGUGUCCGAACUGCCAGAGUAUUGGGACUCAUCGUCAGCCACUUGGAGAUUAACUCCUAACGAGGUGCGAACGAUUCUGGCGCUGAGGAUUGAUUUCAAAAUAGAAGACAUCAAGCGUUUAAAAUUGUAGUAACUGGAUAUGCAAACAACCUCGCAAACAUCCAAGUCGAUUCGAUUGUCAGCAGAUAGAGACAGAGUGAAUGCGAACGCAGAUAAGACGACAUCCAUCUAUUCAUUUGUCAUAAGUGAUUGCAACGGGACGGACAUCGUUGCUCGUCGUCGGGUUAGUGGUUUAUUUUUUUUAACCUACCUAGUUCGUUCCGUCUGAUUGCGUUCUGAUAUUUUGUUUUAUUUCGUGGACAUUUUAGUUUAGUAACGUUUACUUUAGUUUGAUACGGUAGCAAUUCAUUGCU